UUAUAAACAAAACGGAAAGAGAUGUCAGCGAUGUCACUUUUCGCACUUGCCUUUUCUCAUUAUAACCGUAAACGUGUAAAUUUGGCACUGCUUUGAUUACCAAACGAGGAUCGCGCAAUCCAGUCGUGAGCUUAGGCUAAAAUGUUUAUAAAAUCUUUCAAAAUCAAAAGUAACAUCCUUUUGACCGGAUCAGAACGAAAGCGUCUGAAACUGCGCGUUCAAACUCAAUUUAAUGCUGCGGAUUCACCAUCGCUAGCGGAAUUGUUUGGUAACAAGUGCAAAGUAUGUGUGGUGAAAAUCGUUACCUACAAUGAAACCCCUGUCACCGUUUUUACAAGUGAUAAGCGACCGGUGUUUUUUGAACUGGAGGAAAAAUUGAUUCCAACGGUGUAUACACUGUGGAGUUGUGUUGAUAUCGUUCCUUAUUUCACCACUCAUCCGGCUGUUUUACCCAAGUUAGCCAAUGGAGCGGAUCUCAUGAUACCUGGGGUAGUACGUGGCGGGAGUGAUAUGAAAUCAUGGGGCAACUAUCGGAAGAACGACGUGGUUGCUGUGAAUCUAACUUCAAAUCGGGCCGCAGUCGGUGUUGGCCUUUUGGCGCACUCAAGCGAUGACCUAUAUAUGUGCGGGGGUCAUGGGAUUUGCGUCCGGAUGCUGCAUGUGUUUGGCGAUAAACUGUGGGGAAUGGAACCGUCGGUGUGUUUACAAGUACCGCUGCAAGGUGCCACGCAAGCCGUUCCAAAAGCUGAAGACUUUCCCCCACUGGGAGCAUCCGAUGACCCAGUUCAAGAAAAGGAAAUUCUCGGUAUUGCGACCCACCUGGAGAGUACUGAUAUUUGCGAGGAUCAAGAGAAAGAGGUGCCGGCACCAGAAGAGGAAACCCCACCGAAUCCGGAUGAGCUUAUCAAGGGAGCAUUUUUGAACGCUCUCAAGUUGCAUGGUAAAAAGAUUCCUCUGCCUAUCUUAACGAGCACUUUCUACCCACAUUAUGUUCAACCGGAGAUUCCUGAGGGCAUUGAAAUAAAGCGCAGCUCUUUCAAGAAGGUCGGUACUUUUUUAAAACAAAUGGCCGAUGACGGUCUAAUACAAAUUAAAGAAGAAAAGAAAGGUGUUGAAAAAAUCACAGCAAUUAGUUUAGACCACAAUGACAUUCUGACAUUUAGGCCCUAUAGAGCGGUAAAAGCUUGUGACACUGAUGCUGGUUCUGCAGUGGAUCAAGUUGCGUCUACGCCUCUACUGUUAACCAAAAUGGUCGAGAUGUACGCUGUUAACGAGUCAACUGAAAAGUUAUAUGCCUGUUUAGGUCUUCCAGUGGGUCGAGCUUUAGAUGAGACCCAAGUGCGAAAUCAUAUAAAAGAUUACGUCGGAAGAAAUAAGCUCAUCGAUCAGCCGACCAAAUUGGUGACCUUGGAUGAAACGCUUCAGCACGUUUGCUGUUCGGACCAGUCCCAGAUAUCGUUGGUUAAUCUGACCGAUAUUGUCUUACAACAGAUGACCAACACCUUUGAAAUGCGCAGCCAAAAGGGUCCUGUGCAGAAGGGCGGUAAACGAUCGAUAAUUCACUUAACGACUGCUACGCGUUCGGGCAACAAAAAGGUGACACUGGUUAGUAAUCUGGAGGACUACGGUGUGAAUUUAGCUGAGUUUGCGAAAGCAGUCAAGCUUGGAGCGGCCGCCAGCACCAGCAUGACCGAAGUUCCUGGAACCAAAGGUGAACAGCUUUUAGUCCAAGGUAAUCACGUUAAGUUUGUGUACGAUUUGCUGACCGGAACCUAUCAGAUUCCCAAAGCUUGCAUUACCGGUUUAGAGUUUGCUAAGGACCAGAAGAAGAAGAAGAAAAAGUAAGAAACGCGAUUGAAGAAUAAAUUCGAUAUCGUACAAGA